AUAUGGAACAAGAAAUUUGGGCUAUUGCAUCAGUGGGACGACUCUAAUGCAGUGAGAAAAUUACUUUGUAACAAAGAAGGUGGCAGACAAAGCAUCAAACUUCUCACGAGCAAGUCAUACGAAAAGUGGGGUACUACAGCGCUGUGUAAAUUCACCCUCUACACAAAGUCUUUUGCUACACGAGACAGCAAAGGCGGCCUUAAAACACUCGAUGAGUUGUACAUUAAGCCCCGUGGACCGAAUCCUUCUGGAAAGUUUCACUCCUCUGUGAUUAGCGCGAACGGUAACAUCGAUGAAACCUAUGCUCUCGCUAUUGAUCAGCUAAGACUUCUGAGAAACUGGCGUUCUCAUUCCACCACAGCAGAGAUGGAUAAGAAAAUUUUUGAUCGGUUCGUUAAACUGGCUAAAGAUGCAUUUAAAGCUCUUUCAGUCAACACAGACGACAUUAAUGCCAUUGUGAACGCGACCGGAAGUGCACACGCCGAGGCUCAAAGUUGUGACAUGCGCUUGUUUUUUACCGUAAUUACUUUCCGGAAACCACUGGAAACCGGAAAGCAGAAAAAUGUCAGCGAACACCCGCCUGUGUUUAUCUUCACCACAUGCGCUAGUACCGUUAGUAUUUUCGAAAAGAUUGAAAGGUCUUGA